UGUUUUUUAGUAUAAGACGACUUUCUCGAAGAUGGUCGUUUAUUAUCUCCGAGCGCGAGAAGACCCUGGAAGGUCUCCCAUGGCAUACGUCGAGCGAGGUGUUGUGAAAUCAAAGCGAUCAAUAUGGCGGUUGAGAACAAUCACUGAUUUCUUCUGGGCCAUCGUAAACUUCAUUGGCGUGUUUUUCGCUACAAUGUUUUCGAUGGAAAAAUCCGAUGCUUAUAGAAAAGGUUCAGGUCAUGACAAGAAAUACGAUGGUGGCGGACCUGGAGGUCCUGGAAGUGGUCCAGGUGGUGGUCCACGUGGACCACCCCGUGGAUUAGACAAUGUUCGAGGAAUUGAUCAUAGUUCUCUUCCUGCCUGUGGUUCCUGCUGCGGAGGUUAAAUUGCUGGAGGUAUAUCUGUCAUGUAUGACACAAAUGUCUUGAAUUCUCACUUUGGAAACAAUGUAUGAAUUGAUUUUGAAAUAUUUAGUGUCCUAUUAAUGUCAGUCUUAAAGAUGGCUGUCUAGCGCAAACAUAAAAAAAAAACUGUAAUAUCUGAAAUGAUAUUUAAGGCCCUCAUAUAUAUUCUAGUGUUUCUAGUGUUCUACUUUUUCCUUCA